AGGACUUCCGCUUCCGGGAAAAACAGACGAGGGGCGGGGAUUAAAAAAAAUAAAACACCUAUCCCAAAUAAUGAUAAAUAAUAAUCAGCAUAAUCAUGAUAAGCUUACUAAUAACGAUAAUAGUAAAAUGUCGAUAAAUCAAUUAUCAACAAAAUAUGGGGGAAACGUUGAUGAAAUGUUAGGAAUGAUAAAAUAAAUAAAUAAAUACUCAUGGGGAGUAAAAAUGGUGACCAACUAAAUCAAACGCUAUCUACAUAAAUGUCAACUCAAGUUGUCGUUUUAGUUUUGUUUAAUCAACGAGGUUUUGAAUGGCUCAUCUUAAAAAUAAAAUAUGUUUUCAUUUGUCAAUGUUAAAAUUGACCAUGGAUUCGAUUACUUGGUCAUCUGGAAGUAAUAACUUCUCCAUAUUCGCCAAGGUUAUUGAGCAUGAUCUGAAGUGAACACAAAAUAAAAUAUCAUAUGUGCAAUAAGGACAUACAUUUUGUGGCAGACCAAACAUGCAGUCUGAAAGACUUUAGUGACCCAUGUCCUCAAAUGUAGGCUAAUACUAAAAUGUAUACAUAUUUGAAAACCCUAAUUUUAGAAUAACAAUCACCAUUGAUGAAUACCACAAAGAAGAUUAUAUCCUUUUUUUCAAACGGUACAUUGCUGUAGAAAUCAUUACAGCAGACUACUGCGCGCAUUUCUCCGGAACCAUCGUCGUAUAACUUGUUUCCGCACGGAGUCAUGAGAAGCAGGACUGCAAGCAUGUUGUGUGUACAGUAGAAUGUCCAUGCUUAAGAAUCCGAUAGGGAUCAUUGUAAAUGUGUAUGAAAGACGUCGAUAAAACGAGUUAAUGUAACCGGAAGAAUCAUUUUCAACGGUAACGGAUAUUUGAACGUAAACGGUUAUUCGUAGCCAUUCUUCUGACUUCAUCUGUCAGCCACCAUGGGGAUCAAGCGACAGAAACAAGCCAAGAAAACCUUAAGUUUCUACAAAUACAACUUCAGCUUUAGGGAGCCCUUUCAGAUCCUCUUCGACGGGACUUUUUGUCAGGCGGCUUUAAAGAACAAGAUUCAGAUCAAAGAGCAAAUGCCCAAAUACCUGAUGGGAGAGGUGCAGCUGUGCACUACAAACUGUGCACUGAAAGAACUGGAGACUCUGGGAAAAGAGUUGUACGGAGCCAAAAUCAUCCUGCAGAGGUUUCAGGUGAGGAGAUGUCCACAUUUCAAGGACCCUGUCCCGGCUUCAGAAUGUCUGCUGUCCAUGCUGGGGGAGACAAACCCACACCACUACUUUGUUGCUACACAGGACCACACAUUAACUGCCGGCCUGAAGAAGAUCCCUGGCGUUCCUCUGCUCUACAUCAUCCUCAACACCAUGGUGCUGGACAAGCCCUGCCAGACGUCCCUCGACCACGUGAAGGCCGUCCAGCUGGGAGAGCUGGUCAGCCCGGCCCAGCAGCAGAGUAUCCACAGCCUGAAAGAGGAGCAGGGCAUCAGCCAGAAGGAUGGAGAGAGGCGGGGAAAGAAGAGGAAGAGGAAACGGAGCAAUCCUAACCCUCUAAGCUGCCUGAAGAAGAGGAAAGGCGGGCCAACACCGCCGAAGAAGACGGACCAGGGGGAGAAGAGGAAAAGAAUUAGACGCAAGAAACGAAGGACGGAGGGAGGAGACAUGUCUGCUCCUGCGGUUACAAAUAAAUAGUGUAGCAGGAAGACAGAGACUUCAGCCGUUUGCUUCUUGCAUAAAUAUUGUUUGAAGAUGUCCAUGAUCCCAAUUUAAAAUAAUUACACUCCUGGUCAUUUUUUUCUGAUGUUACUGCAUAGAAUAAAUCAAUGUUUAUCACACAAAAUUACAUUUUAAAAUACUGCUCAUGGUAUUGUUUAUUUAGAAAAAUGUUGCAACAGUUUCCAGGACUCAGGCUUACAGCUUACGGGCACAGGGCUGAAAACGUUCAGAAACAUAGCAGUAUUUUUGAGUUCGAGAAGAUUUGUCUUGGCUUUUAUACAAAAUAAAAAAUAGCAGGUUUACAGGCACAUAGUUAAAAUAUAAGAUGCACUUAGACAUUACAUGAUAUACAGUUUACAUGGAAGUGGAUAUCAAAAAUGAUGUAUUCAGCUUUCUUUGCAGAAGCACAAGAAGAGUGGUCACAAUGA